UAAUAAAGUAAUACUAUAGAUAGUAGUUGUGCUUAUAGUAAUAGAUUUGGAUAUAGAUUUUUCAAAAAAAUUUAAACAAGUGAAUAUGAUGCCAAAUUUAAGACCACCAAGAGUCAUCAUUACAUCAUUACACAAGAUCAGAAACACUCUCGUCUCAGAACCAUUAGGGUGUGCUUCCUUUCUGGACAGGAAACGCUGAAUCGUGCCUCCACUGAAAAGCUAUUCUGCGGCUGACAGGAUCAGAGGGCACUGCUGCGGAGCCCAUGCAGCGCCAGUCCAUGGACAAAUCUGGCUCAUCUCUAGCCUAUAGACCUGCCUUUAUCGACUAGGGAAUCAAACACGCAAAGUGAUUCUUCUUUGCCUUGGUAUACAGUAGAAGCCCUGACUGAGAUGUAUGGACAGAACCCUAACUGGUUGUGGUCGAACGGGGCGCCUCUACGCCACCAAGGGCACCUGGGCAGACUUGGCUCAGCAACCCCGAGGCAAUGGGAGGAUGAGGAAGAAGGAAAAGAGGAAGAACAUGCCAUUUGGACCAGGGAGCAUCCAGCAAUCUGUUGCUAUACUACAAGUUUGUUUUCAAGUGGCAUGCCCUGUUGUCUUGGGGUAAACAGGGUUUAUGCUGAUGGCCAUGGCCUCACCCAAGAGUGUGUUCAGAACCACUGGGGCUGGGCUGGUACCGAGAGUCCCUUUGGCCCUGUCCACACAGACCUAGUUAGCAUCCAAAGCCAGAGUGACACAGGGCUAGAUGCCCCUGAAAUGUGGAUGGAUGUCCCCCCACACCAGCCUUCCUUGGGUGGGGCUGAUGGAGAAGGAUCAUCCCAGCAUUGUUUAGACAGUCAAUGGGGGAGCCACAGGACAGAAGGCCAUGGCUGUGCUUGUGUGCAUGAACCAAGUGAACCAGGAAGAUGUUGCCACAGUUGUGCUGGUUCCCCUCUCUUCCAUUUCAGAAGUAAGAUGUGGAAGACAAUAAUGGUAGGAGUCGAGGUGGAAAUAGUGGAGGAAGUAGCCUAUGAGGACACAGAGACACUUGAAGUAAUAUCAGGAGUCUAUCCAAAUUAUUUGAUGGAAACCAUAUUGCUGCACGAUGACCAGCUUUUCCCCACCUAAACCUGCAUUCCUUCAAAAGUUGUUUGCAAGGGAACUUUCUGUGUUUUUAAAUGUUAGCCUUGUCGUUUUAAUGUAUUUUAAACAUAUUUAAAUGUAUUUUAAAUACCGUUUAAAGGCCUUUUAUAUGUCAGUGUUAUGUAAGUGACGUUACUUUAAUAAAAAAUAAAAAACAUUUACCCAAUAAAAUAAGAACACCUUU